GAAUUGUACGGAUCUGCACCCACAUUCAAAUUUUCCAUGACCCAACCUCCUGUCAGUGUAAGGCUAACACUUCCGGCAAAGCAGAAUUUUAUUGGUGGAUCAGGACUUGUGCAAGUGCUACAGGCUCAGCCAUGUUCAGACGCUCAAGCGGUCAUUCAACAAAGGUCGCAAAACCUGAAACCCUUGACCACUAUUCGCCCGUUUGUCACAACAGUUCCUGGCAUGGCAAUCAAUACUAACACGGCCGUGCAAUAUGUAAGAAAGCCUGCAGAAAUAUCUGGUAUGUCUGCUUUUAUGUUAUAUGUUAAAAUCGUUGUGUGCUACCGGGUUCUCAGCAGUAGGCUGCGGAAAUUUUGCUAUUAGUCAUACGCGAUUUAUUCAUGAGCAACAGGUUCAGUUUUUGUUAUUGAGACAAGCAGUUGUAAAAUGCAGUGUAUACAAGUUGUAAGAUAAGCUAGUGUUCGGAUUGAUAUACGUAGUUUUUGUUACCAAUGAUGCUACAGUGGAAACGUUACUCCUCCUCUAGCAGCAGUUUUUCCGGAGUUCAUUGGUAACAUCAUUCCAGAUAUUUUAUGUUUCUAUCGUGAUGUCAUUUAAGCGAGUUGCUGGUCGAAUGGAUUCUUAUUUGAAAUCAACUUAUUAAAAAGAUCUUUGAAUUCAAUAACUUUCUAGAGACAUCAAGUCCUGUUUCGAGAGGUUAGUUAUAUUCUGUGACCAGUCUGUUUAAAGCCUACUAUGUGCCCUUUGCACAGUAGUCGCAGUAGUGGUGACAAAAAUAGUGGUUCUGUAGAAUUUACCUAAGAAACGUAAACCCACCUUAGUCUCGGACAAUAUACUGUUAAGUAAAACGUGUAGAUAUUCCUACAUGUAGGAUUCAUUUGCCAUUUCGCGAGAUAACAAACUUUGUAAUGCGUCACCAACGUCAUAUUAAUUAGGCAGUUGUCUGGAUAACAAAUAUUUUGAAUUAUAAGCUGAGGGAAUUUUAACGGGUGAAUUAAAUGUUUAGGUUUAAUUCUGUCAUGGAUAUUAAUUCAACACUAAAUUCGUCAACAAACCGAUUUGUUUACCCAGCGAGUUAUUUAAGCCAUCAGUUUUGGUUCCCAUAUGAAUAUUCUGGUGGUGUUUGUCUAUGCAAAGUAAGCGUGCGAGGGUCUUGAUCAAAUUGAAGUUAAUAUCGCUGUUCCAAUGACGACCACAGAUGUCUCAUUGCAUUCGUCGUAAACAUACAUUAGUAAGCAUUAAUAAUAAUAAUUGUCAGUGAUAUUAUAGGUACUCUCUAAUUGCUAGAACAGUGGAUUGAAGUAUUUGACCACUGUCAGCUCACUGAAAUGUAAUUGGGGAAUUCAAGACACAUCAUCCGUGGUUUCUGUCUAAACGAAACCAUGCAUCUGUUGUUCAACUAGGAUCAUGGUGUGAAUUAUGUUUGCAAUUUAAUAAUCUUGAUUCGAAUGUUUCAUCGUUAUUACUUGGCUUUUUAGUUCUGGGUGCAACAGGUACAUUUGUCGCUACGCCAAUGAACCAAACGUUUACUCCAUUUGUAAACCCGAUUAUGAAUUUGAACCCUAGCUUAAUUUCUUCCAUUCCGGGUGGUCCCGCAGGGGGUCCUGGACAAGUGAGUGGCCUAGGCGCCACAGGUGGAGUUCUCUCAAGCUUAGCAAAUUCACGCAAACCUUGUAAUUGCACAAAGUCACAUUGUCUAAAACUCUAUUGCGAAUGCUUUGCACAGGGACAGCUUUGUCAAAAUUGUAACUGCAAUAACUGUAUGAAUAAUCUAGCCUAUGAAGAGGAGCGCGGGAGGGCUAUUAAGAUGACUUUAGAACGUAAUCCUACAGCAUUUCAUCCAAAAAUUGGUCGUGGAGAAGGUGAAAGGAAGCACACUAAAGGUUGUAAUUGCAAGCGUUCAGGAUGUUUGAAAAACUAUUGUGAGUGUUAUGAAGCGAAGAUAAGCUGCUCUGAUCUAUGUCGUUGUCAAGGCUGCCGCAAUACAGAGGAUAGCGUAGAAAGGCGCUCACUCAUGCGCUUGGCUGCAAUGGGAGCUUUAAGAUCAAGACAACCAUCUUCUUUCAAAAAACAUUUGGUGAAACCCCCUUCCGAAACCCUACCGCAUGUGUUCUUCACCUGGGAAGUAAUCGAGGCAACUGCUAGUUGUUUAUUGGCGCAAGCUGAUGAAGCAGAACGUCGUGACUUACCUCCAGCAGCACAAGAACGAAUACUUCUGGAAGAAUUUGGACGCACACUGGAACGCGUAAUUGAGGCAGCUAGUAAGGCGCAAAUACGAUCGUCCAGUGCCAUCCAUACGUCUGCUUCAAUUGACGAUAAUGAUCAAGGGCUAAUACAUAGUGGUGGAUCAACUGGUCCAGGCAGUCUAGGUGGGAAAGGCAGUGGAGCGGUUGGAGUGGCAGCAGCAGCUGCCGCGGCCGCAGAUGUCCUACGGGACGAUGAGGAUGACGAAGAUGAGAUGAUGCAUGAUAUUGAUGUAGAAGAGGAAGAUGAUCCUGACGAAAUGGACGACGAAAUGUAUGGUAUUGUUGGUGGGUCGACGAUCUCACGUCAUGGACACUCUCGCUCUCAUUUAGGGCGCCGCCAUAUGCCAAGCAGUCACCGGUCUACACAUUUGGUUCCUGAGCUAGAUGAUGACAUAAUGAGCGAUGAAGAUCCUGUCGAAAGAGCCCAUGCUGUAUCAUCUAGUAAUAGACAAGGAAUAAUGCCGCAUAGGUAUCAGGAAAUGCAUUCGCGUCGAACAUCGCAAACUGUUGAAGACCGAUAUAUUCAUUCACGUCGAAAUAUGAGCAGUCGUAGUUAUCGUCAUCAUGACCCGGACUCGAUGGUAUAAUUGAUGGUUUAACUUACUUUCUGUAUGACAUCGCCCAUACAUUUGUAAAGUAAUCAAACAUUUUGUAUACACACCCUACACAGAAUUAUCAUUCAAUUAGUGUUUCCUCUUACAAUUUAUGAGUCAACUACUAUGUUAAGCAUCGUGUAUUUUUGAAUCUGUAUAAUACAUUAUAUUUUACACAA